AUGUCUACGGAGGUAUGGAGUGGUAACCAAGGAACAUUGUGUGUAUAUGUGAGUAAGGCGAGGGAUCUCCCGAAUCUGAACAAGUUAGACAAACAGAAUGUCAUGCUGAGGUUGAGAAUCGCACAUAUGACUAGAGAGAGCGACACUCUGUUCAGAGCAGGCCAGAAUCCCGUGUUUAAAUAUCUUGAGAGGUUCGAAAUCACGCCCGAGGUUAGACCGGCGAUGCAAGUCGAGGUAUACUGCGACAGAAAGAAGAAAGCGCCCAUUCUGAUCGGCAGAUGCGAUGUAGAUCUGUUAAACGGCAUCAGAGCUGACUCUAAAGAAGGCUACUGCUCGUGGUAUGAGCUGAAGCGGGAUAGGAGCGAGUUUGCCGGAACUGUCUUUAUCGAGUUGAGCUUCACCCCCAGCUUACCGCAUUACGAGGAGGAGGGACGCGAUGAAGAGAUACAGCGACUGGAUGCGUCAAUGGCAAGUCGUCCUGUACCGCCGCUGCCAAGCGACCAACAGUCCGAUUUUGACACUUCUAGUGGCCGAAGCGAGCCCUACAGCGGCCGCUAUAUGCAUGCAUCUGUGAUGAGAGAGGUGACCCCUCGCAAACACUCUUUCCCUACCAAUCAGUUGCCGGAACUUCCGAGAAGUCUGUCAUCUUCUGUAGGAACCAAUCAGAGCUCAGACUCUCAGACGACAGUGAGCACUGGAGUGACAACAGCGUCGGAUACAAAGCUUCACUUCGCUAAUUUGAGAAAGCUGAGGGAGAAGAUCAACGUUUUUAAGAAUCCUAACAAUUCUACGAAUCAUAGCAACCCAAACACGCCUGUUGAUAUCGCCGCGCUGCAGAAGGCAAUAGGAGUGAGCUCCAUCAAUGACGAUACUGACGAUGACCAGGAUAAUCUUGCAGAUCGGCGCGGUUCGUGCUCCAGUCGAGUGUCUCGUUCUAGCAAACUGGAGCCACAACCUCCACUGCCUCCCCUACCGGUCGAGAAACCAGGAACGCUUCGCAACCGCUCGCCAUCGCCGACAUUGGCUCUACCAAGAAGCAGAGAACACACAUCCCCAUUACGAGGCGGGAACGACUCCCCCAAGCUGCCGCCGCUGCCGUCAGGCUCGGCUUCCACAAGUAGAACUACAUCGCCAAGAAGACGUCCUCCGCCAGUCGAGAAGUGA